GUUGAGGUGUGGCGGGUUAAUUAUAAUACCUGAUUUAUAAUUAAUUAAACUUUGCACCUGAUUGUUGAAAAGUGAUUUUUAAACCAUCUGGUAUUGAUUUCCACUUUAGAAAAGGAUAAAUUUUUGGAAAAUGGGCUCAAACUUCCAGUUCUCUUCUAUUGGAUUCUUCAGCAAGGCACCUUCCAAAUAUAACACCGAAAGCAAUCCUACACUGAUAUCAAAUCAAACCCUCAGUGGCAAUAUAUCGCAGAUCCUACAGCAUCGUAAUAACAGAAUAAUGUUCAAUCCAAUCCUAGUAUUUCUCGUCUUCAUUGUCUUAGUAUGUCCCACUUCUUGCCGGAAGCACCACGUCAUCAACUUCCGGUGGCAUAAUCUCUAUCCGGAAUCCUUCAUAUGGGAUCCACAGUCGGAGCACUUUGUACUCGGAUCCCUCCGACAGCGGACCCUACUCUCCGUCUCCGACGCCGGCGUCACCUCCUAUCUCCUAUCCGAUACGUCCCUCCCGCCCAACUCGUCCUUCCUCGGUCUCGCCCUGGAUCGACGCCACCACCGCAUCCUCGCCGUCGUCCAUCGCUUUUCCACACCUACAACCCCUGCUUUCAACGCCCUAGCCUCCUACCACCUCUCCACCUUUCACCAACUCUUCCUCACUCCCCUACCCCCUACCCCCCUUCACUCGACCGUCGUCGCAAACGACGUCGCAGUUGACUUCUCCGGCAACGCUUACGUCACCGACUCGGCCAACGACGUCAUCUACAAACUCAACAUCGAAGGACAGGCCUCAAUUCUGUCAAAAUCCCAAGCCUUCAAAUUCCAUCCCGUGGACCGCAACGUACCCUAUCACAACUGCGGGUUAAACGGCGUCGUUCACAACUCCAAGGGCUAUUUACUAGUCAUCCAGUCAAACACGGGAAAACUGUUCAAAGUAAACGAUGACGACGGAACGGCGAGGGAGGUGAUUCUUAACAGAGACUUAACAGCGGCAGAUGGGAUCGCCGUUAGAAGUGACGGCGUUGUGGUGGUGGUAUCACAAUAUAAACUGUAUUUCAUCAAGAGUGAUGACAACUGGAGUGAAGGAGUGGUGUUCGACGAAACUGCCCUUGAAGAAGAAAGGCAGGCUAGUGCUGUGGUCGUGGGUGCAAAUGACAGGGUUUAUGCGUUAUAUGGGCAUGUAGACGAGGGCGUGAUGGGGAAUACAGAAAGAGAAGAGUUUAGUAUAGUUGAAGUAGAAUCAGAAAAUGAGAGUAAAGGAGAGAAUGUUUGGAUAUUUGUGUUGAUUGGUUUGGGGUUGGUUUAUUUCUUGUUUUGGAGAUUUCAAAUGAGGCAGUUGGUGCAAAAUAUGAACAAGAAAACUGCCUGAAAUUUUUCUCUUUUUCAA